AUGGUUUCAUCAGUUACUCCACUUUGUCCAAAGGAACUUGAAGACAAAUCAGUGUUGUUUAAUGCAUCAAUUAGUGAAAAACAUGAAAGCAAUUGUCUCAAUCUUGAAGAUGCGAACCGUACAACUACAACUAAUCUCGAUGUCAAGAACAAGCUUUCAAGAAGUGUUUUAAUCACAAAAAAUGGUAGGAAAAUUCCAAUUUUUAAGAAGUCUAGAAUUCCUACGAAGAAACGUUCGCCGGUGGUGUUUGUGAAGUUGGCACCAAUGGAAAAGUUUCAUAGACAACUUCUUGACGAGUGGAAUGAACAAGUGAAGCUAAGUGAGUCAUCAUCGGAAGAAGAUAUUUUAUUGUUUGAUAAUAAGAACAGUUUCAUAGCAGAUAAUGAAAUAGGUCUUGGAUGCAUUCUUCUUAAACCAGAUUGUGACUCUAUGUAG